UUGUGGUAAUAACGAAGAGAGGAAUGUUAUGAGUUCAAUCUUAAGGCACAUUUGAACUUCUUAGAACUUGUAAAUGAUUUUGAAAAAAUGGUUGAUUUGAGGAUUUAGCAGCGACAAGACAUUACAUUUAAGACACUCUAGUUAAAUAAAACCAUUUGCGUAAACAAAUAUGGAGAAUGGCACACCUGAAUCUUUAUCCCUGGAGGGAAAGGAGCAAAAAGUUUUCAAAGUUAUUUUACUGGGAGAGGUAGGAGUUGGGAAAACCAGUUUGCUGAAUAGGAUAAAGGACAAUAAAUUUGUGGAAAAAACUCAAAUAACCAUGACAACUGACAAUUGUUGUAAAGUUAUUCAUCAUAACAACCAAAGAAUAACAUUAUCUAUCUGGGACACUGCAGGAGUAGAGAGAUUCCAAUCGCUAACACGAAGUUAUUACCGCGAUGCACAUGCUGCAAUCCUAAUCUAUGAUGUCACGAGACAAUCAACGCUACGUCACAUCUCCAAUUGGCAGGAAGAUGUCACUAGAUAUUGUCCCCAAGCUAUUCAAGUGCUUGUUGGCAACAAAAUUGACUUGAAGUCUACUGUUGAAGACAGUCAGGGGUGCAAGGUUUCAGCUUGUACAGGUGCUGGAGUAGAUGAUUUGUUGAACCAACUAACUGCAAAUUUGGUGACAAAGUUUAACAAAAAACAAGAAUAUGUGAAGAAUUUAACUGUAACUCUAAAAGAUUCUAUAAACAAUGAUGGAAAUAGCAACAAUGAUUCAAGGAAAUGCUCUUGCUGAAG